UAAGCAAGACGUUAAAGUACUGUAAACAGUGUAAACACUAUUAUGUAUAAAACUAUAAACAUUUUUCACGCCGAAUGCCGGACGAAUUAAUCAAAUAGGCACUUUUUACCCACUGAUCUUCCCCAAAAACCAACUAGUCAAUUAUUAUUUAAUUUUAUUGAAAACUAUCACCAACUUCCAUCAUGAGCAAAGCACAUCCUCCAGAGUUGAAAAGAUAUCUGGACAAGAAAUUACAAUUAAAAUUAAAUGCCAAUAGACAGGUAGCAGGUGUACUACGUGGUUUUGACCCAUUUAUGAAUCUCGUAUUAGAUGAAACUGUAGAAAAAAUUAAGGAUGGUGUUGUAAACAGUAUUGGAAUGGUGGUUAUAAGAGGAGAUAGUGUUUUAACUAUAGAAGCAUUGGAUCGGAUUGAUCAACAUUAAACAAUAAACUCAUGUAUUUUUCUGUUAAUAAAUAAGAAGUAUGUUUUUACAAUUAUUCUGAUGUAAUAAAUUGAUUUAAAUAUAAGAGUUCA